AUGACAAUAGAAAAAGUUGACCAGUUGAGCUUAAAGAAUCGCGUUUAUAAUCAAAUUAUACAACGUCCAAGGGUAUGGAAGCUUCUGAUGGUAUCCAUGGUCAUAUUUAUCGGCUCGAUAAUUUUGAUAAGCGUUCUUUUAGUCAAGGCUUUAAACCACGGGUUACCAAAUAGUUCAACAACGACUACCACUAGUACAACAACUACAUAUGGAGGACCAGGCAUAUCUUCAACAGCAACUACAUAUACAGUAGCAAGUUCAUCCUCACCAGUGCUCUAUAUAUGGGUUUUAGCAUGCUACACUAUUAUAUAUUGUUUGAAAAUCGCAUUCGAGAGUUUCAUUUAA